CAUCAAAAAGAAACAGGAAGAAGACACCUGGUCUUCGUAUCUCUCAGAGGUGUGGGUGCGAGAGACCCCCGUGGUGGCUACAAAUGUCCAACAAUAGCAUCUGCCAGGAGACCAGUCGGCUCCUGUACCUGUGUGGGUACUCCAUCAUCGCAGUAUUAGGUUUGGUCCUCAACAUUGUCGCCCUCUACUUAUUCUUCCACCUGCCGAAGCUCCGAUCACCCACUACGGUCUACAUGAAGAACCUGGCCUUUGCUGACCUGCUCUUGGUCUGCACCCUACCUCUGAGAAUUUACGGAUACACUCUGCCGCCAACUGCCACUCCAUCUUCCACCAUGAGGACUUUGAUCUGUGAUGUAGCUGGAUCGCUUCUACUUCUCAACAUGUACGGCAGUAUCUUCCUAUUGACCUGCAUUAGCUUGGACCGAUAUCUGGCUGUAUGCUUCCCUAUCCGUUCCCGACACCUCCGGCAGAAGGCACCUUGGGUCUGUGUUGGCGUGUGGACCCUUAACCUUGGUUCCUGCAUUGCCUCCUACACCUCUACAAAAGAAAGUAAUAGUAGCUCCUGCUUUUACGGCCAGCCUCCGUUUGUUACUAAGAAAGGACCCACCAUAGGGGCUCUCACCGUCGGCUUCUUGGUUCCUGUCCUGAUAAUAACAGCAAGCUCUGUGGUUUUGUUACGGGCAGUGGGCCAUAGUCACGUGGUCCAAGAGGGGAUGGUCAACAAGUUGAAGAUUUUACACAUGUUAACGGCCAACAUAUGUAUUUUCCUGCUAUGCUUCCUUCCUUAUCACACUGUAUUGCUCCUCUAUCAAGUCCUGACACAUAGCUGCACCAUCGACGAGGCCUACAAAAUAACUCUGCUGACAGCCUGCUGUAACACCGUGCUGGACCCCUUUGCCUAUUACUUUGCAAGUGAGACUAUGAAAAAUAUGGUAAGGGUGGAGAUCAAAGUGGGAAAGAUGAGACUUAUCGAGCUCUCCGACCUAUGAUUCGAGAAAAUGAAAACAAACAAUGACGGCAUUGAACAAUUUGAUGCAACCCAUAGUAAAGAGACGGAGAAUACAUUGGGAGAUGUAAGGUCAUUGGUAGAGUGACAUCUCAUGAGCUUCACCAAGAUCUCGUCUAAGGUGUUACCUCCAGACUCAUCCACUGUUGACGUCAAUGCCAUGCCAGGCUUGUCAUUAGCAGUGACUUGCCCAAAAAGGAAGGCGACAUAUGGACAGCUUGUGAAAAUGGUGGAAAAGAUAACUAUUUUAUGGAAACACGUAAAUGUAAAUUUGCACAACGCAUUAACCCUCGGCAGCCAUUCAGCCCACCGGGAGGGCCUUUGGGUUUAAAGACAGUUUUGAUAAGUAUAUCAGUAUUAUUCCCACCUUCUAACGUUUGGAUAACGUUUCAAAGGCUAUCAACAUCCAGCCGUGACCCUCCCAAGUAUCACUAUUGCUUUAAGUGACAGCCUGAUGGUAGAUGAGAUAAUUGUUGGUGAAAUUGGGACAGAAUAGUCAAACACAGCAGGUGUCCCGUACAGAGAGAUGUGUGCGCAGUGCUCCUCUGGACGUUGGGCAGCUAUGGUUCUGACGCAGUGCGCUGGUCAACUACUAUAGCUCACCGGUGACUAGUUGGACAUUACUCCUGUGCUCCUCCAUGCGAUACACCUUCCAAAUGACUCUGGGAAUAAUAAGGCUAAGGGGGAAAUUCAAUUGCUGGAGACUUGUUUGUCUAGCUGAAUUCCCACAACACCCACAUCACUUUACGGUGGCGGGAUCUUGCUUAACAGUGAUUGGGAUGCCUGUGUCAGCGUUUAAACACCGCCCACAAUUGAAUCCCCCCCAUUGGUUGGUGCAGACAUCAACAAGCCUGUCCUGUAAUACAUCUUUCCCAACAACAGAAGUGGGCAUCUUGGGGCAGUGGGUGUAGUCGCACUGGGAAAGGGGCAGUUAAAUGUCCUUGCAGGUGGCAUGGUCAAAUACCCCCCCCCCCCCCACCACCACCACCACUUCACCCCCAGGGACUUGCCUAUCAUUGAAAAGCACUAGGCUGCCCCUUGGUUAUUGCUGGCCCCCUCCCGUAACCUUUUAACUGCCAUGCACACUGCACCCCAUUCCCUAAACAUACCUCCCACCAACUGGCUUAUGGUGCAGUCCUGAUCGUGUGCGGUAUCCCAGUAUGACAUGGGAAGGAGGUAGGUAGCUCACAUAAUGAACUUACUUAAUGUAAAAAUCUCCAUUACUAGGAAGGGGACACUAACUGUAAAUAGUUUCUGUGCUUAAUUAUUUCUUGAACAAUGAAAAUGUCAGACAUCUACUUUUAUAUGACCCAUGCUAUGGCCAACCCUAGGACGUUGUGUCCGCCUACACUGUCUUCUUUCCAGACCUUUGUUGUCCUGGACAAGCCCCCAAUGAUGUAAUAUCCCACCUACAAUGAUACCAUGCUAAACCUUUGCACUUAGGCUACACCCCAAAGCGAUUGUGUAAUCAAAGGAUUAUCACAUAUCACACCUCACUGUUGACAGAAGAGCCCUGGGAGGAGAUGUUUAAGGAAAGAGAAAGCAAAUAAUGGAACUGUACUAAACAGCGAGCUCAACAAGCAGACUUAACAGCACCGUCACAUAAACUAGCUAAAGUCCUAUGACUAAGUAGUUUUAUAUAUUAGAGCAAAUCCCUUUUUAAGUCACAUUCUGUACCUAAAGCUGUGUUACAGUACAUAAGAAAAUAGAAUGACUUGCCAAGAGAGGCUCUUGGGAAAUAAUAAGUUGCUUCCGUCCAACCCAAUCAGGUGUAAGUAAGGGGGGAUUGGUCCUGGGGGGGUUCUGCAGAAGAAGAAAAAAAAUAGAUAUAUAUAUAUAUAUAUUUAAUCUAACCAUUGAGCAUUUUUGGGCCAAUCUAUUAAAAUGACAUCAGAAUAAGUCACCUUUUUUAUGUUAUUGCAGGGGCACUUAUGAAUACAGUUGAGUAUCCCUUAUCCAAAAUGGUUGGGACCAGAAGUAUUUUGGAUAUCGGAUUAUUCCGUAUUUUGGUAUAAUUGCAUACCAUAAUGAGAUAUCAUGGUGAUGGGACCUAAGUCUAAGCACAGAAUGCAUUUAUGUGUCAUAUACACCUUAUACACACAGCCUGGAGGUCAUUUUAACCAAUAUUUUUAAUAACUUUGUGCAUUAAAUAAAGUGUGUGUACAUUCACACAAUUCAUUUAUGUUUCAUAUACACCUUAUACACACAGCCUGAAGGUCAUUUAAUACAAUAUUUUUAAUAAUUUUGUGUAUUAAACAAAGUUUGUGUACAUUGAGCCAUCAAAAAACAAAGGUUUACCUAUCUCACUCUCACUCCAAAAAUUCUGUAUUUUGGAAUAUUCCGUAUUUCGGAAUAUUUGGAUAUGGGAUACUCAACCUGUAUUAUAUCACAAUACUCCAAAGCUAUCCGUGGCAAUAAGAGUUACUUAUCACUCAGUUGUCCGGUCACCCGUGUGUACCGCUCUACAGAGCAUGACGGAUGAGCUUACCAGUUCCAUUGCCAUAAGUUAAAAUAAAAUAAAUUAAAGGUCCCUCCCCAACGUUUUUCCCUCCGUGACAUUUCUUAUGCUAAUAUUACAAUAAAAAAAAAAGAAUACGUGUUAUGUACUUGUUUUUAUGCAUUUUCUUUCUAACUGAAUACAUGGUCCGUUUAAUUAAUAAAGGAAUUAAUUACUUUAUUCAUUAGUAAAAACAGAGUAGAGAAUUGUAAAAUGACGGCUUCCUUAAGAAAAUACAUGAAAAAUAACUUGCUUAAAUAUUAACAACAACAUAAAAGAUUAAAGUUGGGAUUUUUAUGUCCUAAAUAAAAACAACAACUCUUUAAUACAAUAUGCAUUCAAUAUAUGGGGCAAAUUCUGAGGUGGUUGGAGGCGCUGUCACUUCCUUGGAAGCGGCAGUGAUAGCGCUGUAUGUAAAUGCAG